AAAAAUUGCAAAAUUAUAAAUAUUUCAUUCGAGUUGUUCUCAGUCCCCGCGCGCUACGUUUUACGUUUAGCAUGUCGUGUCUAAAACACGUUUGUGAAGAAAAUUAAGAAAUAAAUCUCUUAUUUUGUAUAAACGAUGUCAAGAUUCUUUACUGCUCGUUCAUCAGGGAGUGAAGAUGAAUCUAGCGACGACGCCCAAGUUAUAGUACAGAAACCAGCAGCUACAGUUGCUUCCAGGUAAAAACAAAAAUGUCCAUAAUCCAUAUUGUCAUUGAUAUCAAUGACAUCAUCAUUGAUAUGUAGACCUGGUGUGUACCGUAGGUAGACAGUUUAGAUUAUAAAGACUACUGUAAGGUGUUUUCAUGUAGUUUUUAUAAUCACAAUUGUUGAAAAAUACAUCGCUUCUGUUUUAUGUGAUGAUGACACAGAAUAAACACUUACAGAAGUCUGACUUGGUGCUAGCGAAUCAUAACUGCCAUCUCGUCAUGAUUCGCAGUCGCGAAGGACUUGCCAUGUUCAUGUCUAGUGUGCUAAGGAAAGGCCGUCAGCCCCUGAGCAUAUUCAAAAUGGCCGGCUUGGCUUAGGUGUUCAGGGGUGAGUGCCUCUCAUAAAUGCACUGGCUAUUAAGGACAUGACAAGUGCUUUGCAAUUAUGAAUCAUGGCGUGGUGGCAGUUAAGGGUUUUUGGCUGAGUGGGACCUCUGUAUUGUAUAUACUUUGUGAUCUAUAGGGUCCACAACAGGGUCAUUGCAUUUAAUAUAUGCGAGAAGGUGUACCUGCUAAAAGAUGUGACCCCUAACCAUAUAUCAAACUAAUGUUUUCAUAUUUUUGCCACCAGAGCUCAUUUUCUGUUCAGUGAUGAGGAGGAUGAAGAUACUAAACGAGUCGUUAGAAGUCAGAAAGAUAAACGGUAAUGCCAAAUAAAUUGUGGCGUAUAGGAAUCAUCCAUAAACCCUUAUCUUCACUACGACACAAUUAGCACAAGCAAGUGGAAAGCUUUGAUGUUUUUAUUUGUGUGUUGUUCUGUUGGGGGGGGGUGCCAAAAAUUAAGGGGGGCGGGGGGCGAGUGAUGUGUAGUGCCGCUGAGCAAGCUGCAGCAGGGGGGGUGUGCAAAUUUCUCUAGGUGUGGUGGAAAACUUUUUGGAGGGGGUGCAAAUAUUUUUCAGAAGCUCCGUCUAUGGUAUGCUUAACAAGUGUAAUAUUGAAUAUUAUUACUUGACUAUAUUGAGAUUAUUUGAACAAUGUUUAUGGUAUAGAUUUGAUGAAAUCUCAAGCAUCACAAAACAACUCAAAAAUCACAAGAAAAUCAAAGAUAUGUCAAAGAUCCUUACAGGUAUAUUGUGGCUAACCUCGAACCUGUGUAUAAUUCAAGACAAAUCAACCAAAAAUCAGCUGCUGUGUUCAUUCAUCAAUGUUCUGUAACACACUCUUCAUGUAACCCUUGUACUGUAUCUAUUUUUUAUUUGCAGAGUUUGAAAACCUCGGGCGAGCAUUCACAAAGGCAAAAAAUGUUGUUGACAAGGAGGGAAUCCCAACCAUGUUUAUCAAAUGCUUGGUUGAGUUAGAAGAUUUUAUUAAAGAGGUCUGCCUUAGUUAAUAUGUGUGAUAAUCACAGCUAGUAUCAGGAGUUUAAGACCAUUGUUGCAUCCGUUCUGGAUCCCAAGUGUAAUGAUGAGUAAAAUCAUCUGGCAUUAGACAGAGUAAAAUAAUAAAUUAGAAUGCAUUGCCACUCAAAAUUUCAGAAUGCAGAAAUGGCAAUACUGAGACACAUCAUUUAUCUACCUUAACCCAUUGACGACCGUCACUCUCCUUCAUGAGUAAAAUCAUCUGGCAUUAAUAUUAUUCAGACUAAAAUAAUAAAAUUAAAUUCACUUAAUGAGUUAAAUUCAGACUUUCUUAAAAAGGGUUAGCUUGUCCAAAUUACCAAAUAACCUUUGGUUCUUACACUGUUACUGUCGUUCCAAUUGAAGUGUUGCUCAAAUAUUGAUUCAAUACAUUACCUCGGGCUGACCAAUUCAUUUGAUCAAGUUCCUCGAGAUGUUCAUACACUUUCUGUGAAAGAGCCAAUUCCAAGUAUUUGAUCAUUUCCAGUCACUUCCUUUCUAUUUAUGAUUGGUUAGUUGCACAAACAACAAAGGUGAUUGGUGCAUUCAAACUAUUCAACAGGAAGUUUACAAUUAUACUAGGAAGUGUAUGAAUAUCUCGAGGAACUUGAUGAAAUGAAUUGGUCAGUUGACAUGAGGUAAUGUAUUGAAUCAAUAUUUGAGCAACACUUCAAUUGGAACGACAGUAAGACCAUUGUUGCAUCCGUUCUGGAUCCAAAGUGUAAUGAUGAGUAAAAUCAUCUGGCAUUAGACAGAGUAAAAUAAUAAAUUAGAAUGCAUUGCCACUCAAAAUGUCAGAAUGCAGAAAUGGCAAUACUGAGACACAUACUUUAUCUACCUUAACCCAUUAUUGAUAAUCAUUAGUCUCUCCUUCAUGAGUAAAAUCAUCUGGCAUUAAUAUUAUUCAGACUAAAAUAAUAAAAUAAAAUUCACUUAGGCCCGGUUUAGACGGCGAACUUCUCAUGCGCCGAACCUAAUUGUCGUAGAUACGGCAAAAUAUCGGAAACUGAUUUAGACGUUGAACUUAAUUGCACCGUACCAAAUUGCGAAGACAUUAAAUUGGAAAUAUUUACAAUGCAAAUAUAUGAUAAUCAUAUUAUGAUGUUAAAAAAUAAUUAUGCAUUAGGUUCGGCGCAUGAAAAGCACAGCAUCUAAAUCAAUGUCGAACCUGUGUCGCAUAUACGACUUGUCUUGUCGCAUCUUCGAGUCAUGUCGAACUUAAUCAAAACCUGUCGAACUUAAUUGAUUUAGACGCCGCUCCAGCGUCGCACUUAAUUCUUGCAUUAGAUUCGGCGCAUGAGAAGUUCGCCGUCUAAACCGGGCCUUAAUGAGUUAAAUUCAGACAUUCUUAAAAAGGGUUAGCUUGUCCAAAUUACCAAAUAACCUCUGUUUCUUACACUGUUAACAGCGGGCUUAAGCAAGCGACAUUUUUGUCAACACAGAUGUCAGAUUACCAAGGGGGGGGGGCUGGAUUAAAACUCACACGACUGCUAUGAUGCAAAAUGCCGCUAAUAUUAGUUCUUGAUAAAACUGUUGCUUGCUUAAACUCACUAAUAACACAACUAGGGUUGGGGGCGAUAUUUUCAAUCACGAUUAUCGUAUCGAAGGUGGAAACUUGAGCAACGAUAUAUCGAAAUUAUCGUCAUGCUCGAUGACUAUUGUGAUAUUGCUUCACAUGUGCAUAUAGCUUUUAUAAAAUCCUAAAAAAUCCUUUCAAUUCCCUAGAACAUAUAGUAUUUAAAAGAAUUAAAACUAUUUCCUGAAUUAAAUACGAAUUUAAUACGAUACAAAAGCCAAUAUAUUUAUGUAUUAAUCUGCUGAACAAUGAAAUUGCAGGCUUUGCUUGCGCUGUGUGCCUACGGCAUUUGUGCCAGUGGAGAUACAGUAGACACUGCAUAGACAGUUCUGGUUUAUGAACAGUAAAUAUUAGACUAGAAAAAGCCUUCAUAUUACUUUAAUUUGUUGUUUCACUUGUUUUAAAUAAGAUUAUAUAUAAGCUUACUAUGCAAUGAUAUUAAUAGAAUUGGGAGGAUGCUGAAGGCAGGAAAAAGCUGAGCAAAUUAAAUGCAAAGGUUUGUUUGGUAUUAAUAAAUAAAUUAUUCUUUUAAUUUAUGCAAUGUUUUAACAGUUGUGACAACGAGUACUGCUGUCAUUCCAGGCUCUCACAGCGUUGAGACAGAAAGUGAAAAAAUACAAUAAAACUUUUGAAAAUGACAUUGAAAAGUAUCGAGAAAAUCCUCAAGAUUCAGAAGGAGAAGAGGAAGAGGAGGAAAAAUCAGGCAAGUUUAUGUACUUUAGCAAUUUGUAUGGAAAUUUAUAUUCUAAAAUUCUACAAAAAACAUAUAUGGUGAUGUAACCUAUCUUACGGUUUUAAAGUUUCAGCCAAGUUCAGUUGAGGCUAGCUAGGUUAAAUUGUCUAAUUUUUACUACUUCACAGAAGAUUCUGAAGAUGAGGCUGAUGGGAUUGCUGUUCCCAGCAAACCUGAACCACAAGCUGUUAAAGUAGACAAAGAUGAGGUAUUGGUCGAAACCACGUACAGUUUGAAGCUUGCUUUAUUUGGCUUGAUAAGCAUGACAUUAUAAGGCAUUGCUAAAACUCUAACAGCAGAACAAUAUAAAUUUACAAUAAGCAUAUAUAAAUGAAGCAGGGGCAGAUCUACAGUAAAGGGGGGGGGGGGUUGAGAAAACGUUCCUCUGGAAAACCUUUGAAGUUUAUGUUACUGUAUCUGUUCCAAGCUCGAUUGAACUAUUUACUUAACUACGACAUUUUCAUUCAGCCAGGUACACCAUCAAAUUGAUCAAAAUGUCAAAUGUAUAAUAAUAAUAAUGAGAAUUGAAGCUAUUUCGUUUCAGAUAUAUUAAUAUACUAAGGGAAAUCAUUGAAAAUAAUUUCUUUUUUUCCCCAGAAUUUGGGCGUCCAUUUUUCGUUCUAGGGGUGUCCCAGGACGCCUGGACGCCCUUCUGGCUUUUUAUUCUGAUGCCAAGGUGCACGCCAUUCCCAUCUCAAUUUCAACAUUUAUAUUAAAACAAGCAAUGAAAUCAAGGAUUUUCUCUAAAUAGUUUUAUCUUCCACAGGAUUCAGACAGUGACGACUAUGAUAGUGACUAUAUUGCCGAGUCAUCCAGCGGCAGUGACAGUGAACUGGAUAUACCCCAAGGAGGAAAGGUUACAGCAUCUAUGUUCUUAAAGAGGUACAGUGUGCUCACACCCAGGGUGUCGGAGCCAGUGUCAAGCCCAGAGUUUGCGGGUCAAAUGUUGUCGAUAUUUAUUGUUCAGAGACAAAAAUGAAGAUGAGGAAAAGAUUAAAGAAAAGAAACUUAACAAAAAGAAGCAAGCAAAACAGAAAAUGAAGGAAGAUGUUGAGGAGGAGGAUGAAGGAGCGGGAUGGGAAGAAGUCAAGUCAAGUCAUUCCACUGUGAGGGAGAAACUAUUUAAACUAACUUUAUUUAUACUGGAUAUAUCAGUUCUAAACUGUUCUUCCUAGAGGUCCAGUAAGGAUCAUCUCUUAUUGAUCCAGUGUUACUACAGGAGGAAACCUAAACUAAACUAACUUUAUUUAUACUGGAUAGCUCUAUCAGUUCUAAACUGUUCUUCCUAGAGGUCCAGUAAGGAUCAUCUCUUAUUGAUCCAGUGUUACUACAGGAGGAAACCUAAACUAAACUAACUUUAUUUAUACUGGAUAGCUCUAUCAGUUCUAAACUGUUCUUCCUAGAGGUCCAGUAAAGAUCAUCUCUUAUUGAUCCAGUGUUACUACAGGAGGAAACCUAAACUAAACUAACUUUAUUUAUACUGGAUAGCUCUAUCAG